CGGAGAGGAGGAGAAGAGGAGCCAGCAGUUUACCUCAGCUCGCGGUCUUCCCUUAAGAGAGAGGCGAGGGGGGUGGGGGGAGGGAGAGAAGUGCUUGAAGGUGCCUCAGCCGCCGCCCGCCCGCCUGCCUGCUCUUGCCUCAGCCGCUGCCUCGUUGGGGGUGUGCGGUGUCCUGCCCGGGGGGUUGGCGCGGGACAUGGCGAGCUCGGCUAAUACAAACCCCGUGCCUAAACUAUAUAGGUCUGUGAUUGAAGAUGUCAUUAAUGAUGUCCGAGAGGUCUUUCUGGAUGAGGGUGUUGAUGAACAGGUUCUUGUUGAACUGAAAACACUGUGGGAAAACAAGCUGUUGCAGUCCAAGGCUGUAGAUGGAUUUCAUUCAGAGGAACAGCAGCUUUUGCUGCAAGUUCAGCAGCAGCAACAACAACAGCAGCAACAGCAGCAACAACAACAGCAACAGCAUGCUCAUCAUCACCAUCACCCACAGCCACAGCCAACAGUUCAGCAGCAGUCCCAGACACAGCAAGUCCUUAUUCCUGCAACACAGCAAGCACCUCAACAACAAGUUAUUAUGCCAGAUUCCAAGCUGAUACAGCACAUGAAUGCAUCGGGCAUGAGUGCUGCAGCUACUGCAGCUACCUUGGCUUUGCCAGCUGGGGUUACUCCUGUUCAGCAGAUACUCACAAAUUCAGGCCAAAUCCUACAGGUAGUUAGAACUGCCAAUGGAGCUCAAUACAUCAUUCAACCACAGCAGCAAGUGGUUCUACAGCAACAGGUUAUACCACAGAUGCAACCUGGUGGGGUACAGUCUCCUGUUAUUCAGCAAGUUUUGGCUCCUAUUCCUGGAGGUAUCUCACAGCAAACGGGAGUGAUUAUCCAACCCCAGCAGAUCUUAUUUACAGGAAACAAAACCCAGGUAAUACCUACAACAGUGGCUGCACCCACAGCAACACAAGCACAGAUUCCUGCAGCAGGUCAGCAGCAACCUCAGCAGCAAACAGCACAGCCACAGGCACCUUUGGUGCUACAGGUAGAUGGAGCGGGUGACACAUCAUCUGAAGAGGAGGAGGAAGAGGAGGAAGAUUAUGAUGAUGAUGAAGAGGAGGACAAAGAAAAGGAUGGAGGCGAAGAUGGCCAAGUUGAGGAGGAGCCUCUGAAUAGCGAAGAUGAUGUGAGUGAUGAAGAAGGGCAGGAAUUAUUUGAUACUGAGAAUGUUGUUGUGUGCCAGUAUGACAAGAUUCAUAGAAGUAAGAACAAGUGGAAGUUUCACCUCAAAGAUGGAAUCAUGAAUCUUAAUGGAAGGGAUUAUGUAUUUUCCAAAGCUAUUGGAGAUGCAGAAUGGUGAAGUUCCUUACACAUAACAAACUCUCAAAGCAAAAGCAGGAGAUUUUGAUUCUUGGACAUAACACUUCAACAGAAAUCUAUAUCUGCGCAUCGGAAAAGAACAGUAGAACCGAGACUGCUAGAACAAAGAAAUAGCAUGGCAACGUUGACACUACUUCAAAUGGGAAAGCUGAGGCAUUGGUGCAGCUAGCUAUGCCUGAAAGCUGGUUUUGUAUUAAUACCUUAAUUAACCACUUCUUCCUAUAGAUAAAGGUAACUAGCAUGUGAGGCUUAAUCUCCCCAUACACUGAUUUGAAGGAACUCUUCUUUUUUGGUAACAAUACUAUGGGAAAAGCUUAGUGUGUCUUGUGUAUAAAUUGUGCUGACCCAUUCUUUCUAGGAGUGGGGUUGGUGAGAAUCUUGCUUAAACUUGCGUGGAGGUUUCUAACCAAACAGUAAGGACUGAAGCAUUGAGUUCUAAUAAUUACCUUGUAUGAGUAAAACUAUUUUUAAAGCCCUUGUGCUGGGUCAUGCAUAAUAAUUUUAUCUACAGUUUUAGGCCUUUUAUAUAAAUUUUGAUCCUGGUACCAAAAUCCUCAUUUGUAUUUUAAAUUUAAUAAUUCUGAAUCUUUCAUUUAAUGCGAUGUUGUAUUUUAAAGGGUCUACCAAUGGAAGCUUUUAAUGUCUCGGUCUUCCUGCUCUUUCGAAAGGUCUUUAAAGAUUGAGCAAAUCUCGUCUGCUAUGUGCUGAAUUAUUGCUUGUCAGAAAUCAGUCUUUAAAAAUAUGAUUUCACUGGUUAACCUAAACUUAAUGUGUAUUCCCAUUGCCAAGUGAGUGUGCACUGCUGGUUAUGAAAUCAGGUUGCAAGUGAGUAUGUACUUUGGGAAAGGGUCUAUCUACAGCAUUGAAAGAGCUUCCACUUUCAUUUCAGUAAUACUGAAAAAUAUAGUGAACAAAAUCACCCUAGCUCUGAUAAUAGAGCAAGCAGUAAUUGCUCAAUUAAUCAGUUCCUCAAUAAAUAGCAGAAAGUUGCUGUUGAGGCUGUUUUUUUCUGUGAUUGUGGCCGUGGUCUUUGGAAAUUAGACUUUCAGAAAUGCAGGGCCUCUUUGCAAUAUGGUGGGGUUGAAGUUCAGGCCAGAUAAUGGAAGACAUGCACUUCCAGAUUUCCUGUGAUAAGAUCUGGAGGAUACUAGUCAGCUGAAAAACAGUGAAGAGCAGAUUACCCCCUUGCCCUUCUUUCAGUGCUUGUGUUUGUAUGAAAAAGGAAACUUAUAAAAAAUGUUUUUCUAUUAAAA